AUGGCCUCCCUUCUCUCAAAUUCGUUGCCACCAGGGUGGUCACAAGGAAAAACAAUAUUGUGGUAUCAUGGAUCGGAUUCCUGCAACCAUCCAGGAUUAGACUGGCUUGAACUCGUGUGGAAUUACUUACGCGUGAACUUCGCCACGAACGAUGAGCUCCGCGGGUUCACAGGUCUCCCCUUGAUUCCACAUGACAUGUCACAAGAACCAAUCAGCCUUGCUAGACUUCAACAGCCUUCUAAGAUAGUUUUGAAAAGUCUCUACGAUGAGUCUUUCGAUGAAACGCUGAUUCAGUCCUUGAAAGACCUUGGUCUAGUUAUCAUUCAAGAGUGUCCGUCUUACCUAACCCUUCACCCCGCGGUCAUCAAUGCAUUUAUUUACCCGCCAUCACCACAUGGUGUCUUAAAGGCGCUGUCGGCUUGCUCAUCGGUUGUAGAAUCUAACAAGCAUUCACUGACAGACGAAGGCAAACGCUCCUUAAGGAAGUUCUUUUCAAAAGAAUCGACGCUAGAACCCCAAGCAAAGCAGCUUCUCCGUACCCUUCCAGUGUUUGAGACGCUAAACAAAUCUUUUGUUUCUGCGGAGGAGGAUGUUUGUGCAGCACCACCAGAAGAUUCUUAUCCGGUAGCUCCUCGUAGGGUUCUCAUUGACGUCACACACGAUGACUCAAAGAGGUUGGCACAUCUGCUAGACAUCAGAUGCCUAUCACCAAUAGAAUUUUUUCUUGAAAUUGUAUUUCCAGAUGUCAGAGGAGGAAAUUAUUCUAACGGAGAGAUCGACAGGAUUAUGGGAUUCGUUAUGGAGCGGUUUCAAGUUUAUGCCAGUGAAGAUGCUCGAUUUGAAGAAGUGCUUACAAAUUUGCCAUUUGUACCGAGUGAAAAUAGACGGGAAAGAGCUAUGGACCUGUUCGAUCCCGGGGUUGAGCUGUUGAAACGAAUGCUGGCCGAAGAAGAUGUUUUUCCAGUUGGUGAACAGUAUACGAACCCCACAGCCCUCGUGGUUCUUAAGAAACUUGGUUUGAAGAGUGAAAAGGAAAUUAGUGCAGACGAUCUGUACCGCAGUGCCAGAAAGAUCUCUCAAAUGCCAAAUUUGGAGGAAGCAAAGCGAAAAUCGGCAACUGUAUUGUCAUAUUUAGACAGUUAUUCAACGAAGCUUCAACAAACUGUCUCAGGGGUAACGUUGACACAACUUCUGCGAGACGUUCCAUGGGUAUCCGAAGUGAACGAAAGGCCCUUCGGUGUUCCUGUUAACCUUUACUCAACUGAAGAAACUAGCAAAGCCCACUUUUACAAACCCACGGAAGUGACAAGUGAAGAUAAAGUUAAUCUCAUUGGAACAGUGAAGCCUAUUGUAAGAGUAGAUUCUUCAAGUCAAUUAGCAAAAUGUUUCGGCUGGGAUAAGAUGCCGGAUGCAUUGGACGUGGUGCAACAUCUGAGAACCGUGGUCACUCACUACACCCAGGAUAAAAAGCCAUAUUACAUUUCAGUUGUCAACGACAUCUACUCAUUUCUAGAUCAGACCGCCAAUAUUGAAGUUAUCAAGGAAGCUUUGCAAGGAAUUGAAAACUCGAUCUGGAUUUGGAAUGGAGAUGGUUUUUCUUCUCCUGAUGUUGUCCUUGCCUCAAGGCCUCCAAUUGAUCUUACUCCGUACAUUUGUUCUCUUCCCUCAGAGGUGCUGCAGUUUUCAAACCUUUUUUCGAGGUUCGGAAUGAGAGAGCACUGUGAUGCUCUGCUUUUUGUACAGGUUCUUCAACUAAUAAAACAGAAGUAUGAAUCUGGACACGAGUAUCCAAGCACUGAGGUAAAAAGAGAUCUCCAGUUAUCUACAGACAUUUUGAAUGAGAUUAAGCCAAACGUUGGACAACAACUACCUUCUGAGAUUCAAGAGAAAGUCCUCAUCCCAACACACGUAGAAGGAGAUUCUUACGUAAGGCUUGCACCAAUUAAAGAUUGCAUGUACUGUGACCACGAGUGGCUAGAAGAUGGCAUACCUGUUGAAGAAGAAAAUCAAUGCUUUUUUGUGCAUCAAAACAUCUCAAAUAGUACUGCGGAACUUUUUCAAGUUCGUACUCUUAGAAAUCAAUUAUUGGAAGCUGAUGAGAUAGGAGAUGAGUUUGGUCAAGAAGAAAAACUUACUCGCAGAUUAAACAAAAUUCUCGAGGAAUACACAGAUGGUUUUUCAGUACCAAAGGAAUUAAUCCAGAACGCAGAUGAUGCUGGUGCCACUGAGGUCAGAUUUCUUUACGAUCAAAGAACCAACGAAGAUGCUAUGACCUGUCUGAUUGACGAGGGAAUGAAAGAAUGUCAAGGUCCUGCCUUGUGGGUUUACAACAACGCUGAGUUUAGGGAUGACGAUUUUGAAAAUAUUACUAAACUCAACGGUGGUACAAAAAGACAAGAAACCGAGAAGAUUGGAAAGUUUGGGCUUGGUUUUAAUACGGUCUAUAAUCUGACGGACGUUCCUAUGUUCCUAAGCAGAAACUACUUUGUGAUUUUUGAUCCCAACACCUUUUAUCUUGGAAAAGCCAUCACAAACAAGAGGAAACCAGGAAUAAAAAUCGACGUCAACAAGAAUCCGGAGAGAAAACGAAGGCUUAGGAACCAAUUUAAACCUUUCAAUGGCAUCUUUGGGUGUGAUCUUCUUCUGAACAAAAACGACAACUCAUUUCAAGGUACUCUCUUUCGCUUCCCAUUGAGAACUAAGAGGCAAGCUGUCAGAAGUGAAAUUAAGCAAGAUUAUUACGGCCACAACCAAAUGAGGGAGCUAUUAGAGAUUUUCGUACGCGGGGCGAAAACGUUGCUCUUGUUUACGCAAAAUGUCCGUCAAGUCAGCAUAUUUCAUUUGCCAAGAGACUCAACAGAGCUGACACAACCCAAACUGAUGUUUCAGGUAACCAAGGCAUUAUCACACUCAGGAAUCAUGAGAGAGUUGUCUGUUCCCAUGAAGCUGCCAUUACAUCAGAGCAAUGUUAGCACAGACGACUUACACCUUUUAAAACAAUGUAACUUUCUACGAGCAUCAUCGCAAGUUUUAAAGCAUAAUGAGGAUAUGAAGGAAACCAAUGACUAUUUGCUGAGGUCGGCGAUCACAAUUAACAUAAAAGCCACCCUAACUGAAUGCGGACGCUUGUUCUUUGAGGACAAAAUCUCACUGCAUAAUUCAUCCGAGGUUUGGUUUGUUGCCUCGUCGAUGGGCAAAGGCCAAGCGAUGCAGUUUUCAAUGAAUGACAGGAGCUUGCUCCCAGCAGCUGCAGUAGCGGUCAAGUUGUUACCUCAGGAGAGUGAGAAGUUUGUACCAGAACCUGUUGUCAGUCACGCCGCUGGAGGUAAAUUGCAUCAUAACGGUUCAGUGUUCUGCUACCUUCCACUCCCAAUUCACAGUGGUCUCCCUGUGCAUAUAAAUGGAACAUUUGCAGUAGCUUCGAACAGACGCCAUUUGAAGCAGAAAACAGAGGACGACAAAGCCUGCGCUGAAGUUGAGUGGAAUAAUGUUCUGCUUAAAGAUUCUGUCUGUUCCGCCUACCUGGACCUUCUGGAAGACAUAAAAAGUACUGCUACUACGUACUGUUUUCACUCUCUGUGGCCCAGGGCGUGCGACAUAGAACCAUAUUUUGAACCACUUGCGCGUUCCUUCUAUCAGAAAGUUGCUAGUGGAGGCUAUUCCCUUUUCUCAGAUGGAGACACUUGGGUGGGCAUCAAUCAAGUUGUCUUUCUGGAGCCAUACUUUCGUCGUGAUCAACGGGUUGGAGACAUAUCAGUUGCAGUAUUACAAAAGAUGGUCACUGAACAAGAAGUUGUCGUUGAUCUCCCAGCAGAAAUUGUACAGUCAUUCAUUGACUAUGGUCUUGGGGAGAAAAUCCAGUUGAAAGCCUAUGACAGAAGUAGGUUUUUCCGUGAACUGUUUUUCCCAAACAUUGGCUCCGUACCGGCAGACAAACGAGAUGAAUUGAUCUUAUUUGCAUUGGAUGAUUCAAAUGGAGAAUUCGAUGAAUUAAUAAAAUCCUAUGCUUGCAUUCCGGCUUCACCCAAUGGUAAAAUCCUUAAACGCCCAAUGGACCUUGUUCACCCAAACAAAUCAACAGCCUCGCUAUUUCAUAGCGAAGAUGAGAGGUUUCCGUUUGGAACUAUUGAGACCUUCUUAGAUUCUGUAAGACUUGCUAAACUUGAACAACUUGGUAUGAAGACUGAAAAGGGAAUCACUGCAGAUGAUCUCUACCACAGUGCCAACAAUAUUCCUCGAAUGGUAAAGUCUUCGGAAGCAAAGCAGAAAUCAGAGAAUAUUAUGACGUUCUUAGACAGCAAUCCGAUGAUUCUUCAACAAAAUGUUUCAGGGGAACCGUUAGCACUACUUCUGCGAGAUAUCCCUUGGAUAUCUGUAAUGGAGGAAACGCCCUUUUGUUUACCUAAAAGUCUUUAUUCACUUGUACAAGAUCGUGAAGUCCCGUUCUACAAGCCCACAGAGGUCACAAGUAAAGAUAAAGUUAAUCUCGUUGGAACAGUGAAGCCCAUUGUAAGAGUAGAUUCAUCGAGUCACUUAGCAAAAUGUUUCGGCUGGGAUAAGAUGCCAGAUGCAUUGGACGUGGUGCAACAUUUGAAAACCGUGGUCAGUCACUAUACCCCGGACGAGAAGCAAUAUUACAUUUCAAUUGUCAAGGACAUCUACUCAUUUCUAGAUCAGGCUGCCGAUCCUGAAGCCAUCGAAGGUGCUUUGGAGGGAAUUAAAAACUCGAACUGGAUUUGGAAUGGGGAUGGUUUUUCGUCUCCCGAUGCUGUUCUUGCUGAAAGGCCUCCAAUUGAUCUCACUCCGUUCAUCUGUUCACUCCCCUCAGAGGUGGUGCAGUUCUCAAACUUGUUCUCAAAGUUUGGCAUGAGUAGCCACUGCGAUGCGCUAUUUUUGGUGCAGAUUCUUCAUGUCAUCAAAAAGAAGUAUGAAUCCGGACUGAGGUAUCCAACCUCGGACGUAAAAAGAGAUCUGCAGUUAUGCGCAGAUAUCUUGAAUGAGAUCAAGCCAGACGUUGGUAAACAACUAGCCUUAGAGAUUCAAGAGAAAGUCCUCAUCCCAACACACGUAGAAGGAGAUUCUUACGUAAGGCUUGCACCAGUUAAAGAUUGCAUGUACUGUGACCACGAGUGGCUAGAAGAUAGCACGCCUGUUGAUGAAGAAAGAUAUUUUUUCGUGCAUCCAAACAUUCCAAAUAGCACAGCCGAGCUUUUACAGGUUCGCACACUUAGAAAUCAACUGCUGGAAGCUGAUGAGAUAGGAGAUGAAUUUGGUCAGGAAGAAAAACUAACUUGCAGAUUAAACAGACUUCUAGAGGAAUACACAGAUGGUUUUUCAGUACCAAAGGAGUUAAUUCAGAACGCAGAUGAUGCUGGUGCCACUGAGGUCAGAUUUCUUUACGACGAAAGAGCCAACGAAGAUGCUAUGACCUGUCUGAUUGACGAGGGAAUGAAAGAAUGUCAAGGUCCUGCCUUGUGGGUUUACAACGACGCUGAGUUUAAAGACGAGGAUUUUCGAAACAUUACCAAACUCAAUGGCAGCUCAAAAGAACAAGAAAACGAAAAAAUUGGAAAGUUUGGGCUUGGUUUUAAUACGGUCUACAAUUUGACAGACGUCCCUAUGUUCCUAAGCAGAAACUACUUUGUGAUUUUUGAUCCCAACACCUUUUAUCUUGGAAAAGCCAUCAAAAACAAGAGGAAACCAGGAAUAAAAAUCGACGUCAACAAGAACCCGGAGAGAAAGCGACGGUUUCGGAACCAAUUUAAACCUUUUAAUGGUAUCUUUGGUUGCGAUCUUCGAAUGAACAAAGCUGAGAACUCCUUCCCAGGAACCCUUUUUCGAUUUCCUUUGAGAACCAAAGCACAAGCCGUAAGAAGUGAAAUUAAACAAGUCCAUUACGACAACAACCAAAUGAAAGAGCUGUUAGAGAUAUUUGUACGCGGGGCGAAAAAGUUGCUUUUAUUCACGCAAAAUGUCCGUCGAGUCAGCAUUUUUCAUCUUCUUGGAGAGUCUUCGGAAGCGAUGCAGCCUACACUUAUGUUUCAGGUGACGAAGUCACUAUCACAAACGGGCAUCUGUAGGGAAUUGUCCUUUCCCUUAACACUUCCAUCACAUCUUGGAAAUCUUUCCAAAGACGAACAGUACCUCUUAAAACAAAGCAACUUUCUACGAGCUUCAUCGGAAGUGGCGAAGCAUGCUGGGGAUUGCAAGGCAACCAGAAAUUAUUUGUUAAGGUCAGCGUUUACUUUUAACAUUACAAGCAACGUUACCGAAUGCGGACGCUGUUUCUUUGAGGAUAAGAGCCCACUAGAAAGUAUAGCCGAGGUCUGGUUUAUUGCUUCGUCAAUGGGCAAAGGCCAAGCGAUGCAAUAUUCGCUAAAUGACAGGAGCCUGCUCCCAGCAGCUGCAGUAGCUGUUCAGUUGAUAACCCAGGAGAAUGAGAAGUUCGCACCAAAACCUGUUGUCCGCCAUGCCACUGGAGGCAAAUCACAUCACAACGGAACAGUUUUCUGCUACCUUCCACUUCCAAUACACAGUGGUCUCCCUGUGCAUAUAAAUGGAGCAUUCGCAGUAGCUUCGAACAGACGCGACUUGAAGCAGAAAACAGAGGAUGACAAAGCCUGUGUUGGAGUAGAGUGGAACGACGUUUUAUUUACAGAUUCUGUUUGUGAAGCUUAUCUAGACCUCCUUGAAGACAUGAAGUCAAGAGCUACUAUGUACCCUUUUCACACACUGUGGCCCAGGGAGUGCGACAUGGAGCCACGCUGUGAACCACUCGUGCGCUCAUUCUAUCGGCAAGUUGCCACUGGAGGUUAUUCCCUCUUUUCAGAUGGAAACAGAUGGGUUGACAUUAGUCAAGUGGUCUGUCUAGAUCCAUACUUUCGUCAGGAUAAAGAUGUUGGAGGCAUAUCAUAUACUGUAUUACAGAUGUUAGUCAGCAAAGACAAGGUUGUCAUUGAUCUCCCUGUGGAUAUUUUCCAAUCAUUUGCUAAGUAUGGUCUAGAGGAACACAUCCGGUUGAAAACCUACGAUAAGGGCAGAUUUCUUCGUGAGCUGUUUUUCCCAAACAUCCUGUCCAUACCACAAGACAUGCGAGAUAAAUUGGUCUUGAACGCUUUGGAUGAUACCAAAGGACAAUUUGAUGAACUUAUUGCAACUCAUGCUUGCAUUCCAGCUUCACCUGGUGGUAAAACGCUUAAGUGCCCCGCCGAACUUAUACACCCGAAAAAAGCAACGGCCUCGCUAUUUCAGAUUGAAGAUGAAAAGUUUCCCUUUGGCACUGAUGACACAUUUCUAGAUUGCGUAAGACUUACCAAACUCGAGCAACUUGGAAUGGUAGCAGAUGACCCCCCUUGGGGUAUGUUUGAAGAAAGGGCAAAAAGUGUCGGCAUUUUGAAUGAAGAAAGCAGUAAAGGGGCCUUAGAGCGUGCAAAGGCAUUAAUAAGUCUUCUAGAAAGAAAGCUAUACCCUGGAGCUGAAAGCAACGUCCCCGAGGGUGUCCAAGAGAAUCUUUUGCAAAUCAAAUUUCUUCCAGUUUUCACGAAACCAGAACAUUUUCCCCUUUUUUGGAAAGGAGGCGAUCUACGUCCCGAGAAAAGAGCAAAAUUGUUGUCACCCGAGGAGGCAUUUGUUGAAAGCGCGAUGUAUCUUGUUUGCUGUUCUGAGCCGCUUGUAGAUGGUAACAUCUAUAUUUCUUUAUCUGUUAAAAAGUUCUUGCAGCUGGACAAAAAAGCCACAAUUAAGCAUAUUAUCGCCCAACUUGAUAUGGCUUCGUGUGUAAACGACGAUCUGAAUUCAGUGCAAUUUGAACAAGUGAAGACCACCUUUGUAGAAGCUUACAAGUACCUUCAGGCAGCCUUGAAUGAGAAUCAAAUCGACGAAAAUGAAGUGCGAGGAAUAUUUGAAGGAAAAAAAUUCAUUCUAGCCGGAAGAGAGUUUGUUGAUACAAGGCAUGUCGCUUUUGAAUUGCCCGUUGACUGUUGCCCUUACCUACAUAAGCUGCCUGAGGAUCUUGCGAAACAGUUUGGCAAUUUGAUGAGAAGCGUUGGUGUAAAACAGGUAUAUGAGGCCGGCGAUUUCCUCUCUUCCUUGGAACAAAUAAAAAGGGCCUUUGGGGACGCAGUACUUGAAAAGAAAAUUCUCCAAGCUGCCGUUCAUCUGGCUUGUCAACUGGGUAAGUGCCUCACAGAUUGUUGUGUAUCUGAUGGAAAGCAACAAACAAUUUAUUUACCUGACUCCCAAGGCAUAAUGAGACCUGUGAGUAAGCUGUGCAUUAAAGACUGCCACUGGAUUUCUGAUGAAAAAGAUGUUUACUAUGCAGAGAGCAUGAUUCCUCACCAAAUAUGCCUUAAGUUGGGGGUAAAAACACGCCGAGCAGAAGCAUUAAGCCGCUUUGCGGUUGGAAUUCCGUUUGGACAAAAGGAAAAGCUGACAAACCGUUUACGGCGACUUCUUCAAGCCUACCCAUGUGAAAAAGAAAUUUUGAAAGAACUUCUUCAGAAUGCUGAUGAUGCAGAGGCAACAGAGAUUUGUUUUAUUAAAGACCCAAGACAACAUCCAGUUGAACGUGUUUUUGAAGAGUCAUGGAAACCACUUCAGGGUCCUGCAUUAUGCGUGUACAAUAACAAGCCAUUCACUGAAGUGGAUAUUAAAGGAAUACAGAAUCUUGGAGAGGGAAGCAAAGGCGAUGACCCUAACAAAACUGGCCAGUACGGUGUGGGUUUCAACGCUGUAUACCAUUUGACAGAUGCACCUUCAUUUGCCUCAUGUGGCGACGAAAUUGGGGACGUUUUAUGUGUUUUCGAUCCAAAUUGCAAGUACGUGCCAGGAGCUACCAAGUGGGAACCGGGCAGAAUGUUCAGCGAAACAACAAAGUUGAAAGGUGAUUUUGUAGAUGUUUUUUCUUGCUAUAACGAGGAUCAUUUUUCCUUGCGAAACGCUACUAUGUUUCGAUUUCCAUUACGAACUGAGGAGAUGGCAAAAGAUUCCGAGAUAUCUAAUUCUCCUGUUACACUGGAAACGCUACAAGGGAUGAUGGAGUCAUUGAAAACAGAGCUGUUUGAAGUCCUUCUGUUCGUUAACAGUGUCAAAAAGAUUACAAUGUGUGACAUCGACGAGAGUGGGCAAGUGGUGAACUCCUAUGUAGUCAGAGCGGAAAUGUCAGAAGAAGACUCAUUGGAAAGGCAGACUUUUGCCUCCUACGUGAAACAAAUUGGAAGGUCAUUUAAGCAAAAUCCUGAAAAGUCACCCAUUCAAGCGGAGGUUAGGAAAUGUUCCUACAUUCUGACCUUAAAAGACAGCAUGGAGAACGAAGAAAAAUGGCUAAUUGUCCAGCAGAUUGGGUUUGAGAACCACGUGACAGAAAGCAUUAUCGAUGCCUACAAGAAUAACGACUUAGGGAUGCUUCCUCGUGGUGGUGUUGCUUGCCUUUUAGAGCGUAAGCCAGCUUUAGCACAAAGGACAGAAGAAAAGAAGAAAGCGUACUGUUUUCUUCCGCUUCCUGUAGAAACAGACCUCCCAUUGCACAUCAAUGGUCAUUUCGCAUUGGAUCACGAGGCACGACGAAGCUUAGACUCAACUGGUGGCUAUAAAACUGACUGGAACAACUUCUUAUUGAGCGACGUCAUAGCCUCGUGCUAUCUCACUCUUCUGGACAAAGUAAGACGUUUCUUUAAUUUGCCCGUUUCUCAGAGUCCCGAAGAAGUUAGCGUCAGCUUUUGCAGAGACGAAUUGACAAAAAAUAUAAAAAAGUACGAAAAGCUGUUUCCGUGUGCGAUCUCAAGCAACCAGUAUUGGGCCACUUUGGUAAAGUCUGUGUACCAGGGAAUGAACUACAAGAGGUUGCGACUUGCUCCAGUGUUGCGCGGGUACGCGACAAGUGGCGCUACUUCCAAUUGUCAGCUCUUGUGGCUUCCUCUAACUGGAAAUGGGGCAGAUAAAGUAUUCUUCAACAAUCUCGGUGAUUGCGAUUGUUUUCGUCAUGAAUCAAAAGAACGUUUAAAUGAACACGAGAAGAAAUCAAAGAUCGAUGAGAAAACCCGCUUUGAAAACAUUUUACUUCAAACUGGGUUUAACCUUGCAGCAUUUUCUCUGUCCAUUUGUGACGCGGCACAUAAGUCUGGAGUCCAAUCAUGCUUUGUCUCUCCUUCGGCGGUGAUGGACUUUUACAAAUCUUUCAGUGGAGAAAUUCCUCUUUGCAGAAUUGGAUCACUCUUUGUUGAUGUCAGCUAUACACCUUUCAAAGACGUGCAAACUGUUGUCACAGUGCUUAAAUACUGCAAGGAAAGUGAAAGCUUUCUAGGAAAUUUGCCAGGCCUGCCUUUACUCGUAACGCAAGACAACCAUUUACAACCAUUUAACGCUGCUAAUCGCAAGUUUCUUUCUCGCCAUCACCACCUUCUUCCACAGUGCAAAGAAAUGUUUGUUCAUGAUCAUAUUAGGACGCAUAUCUUUGGUGAUGCCAAGAGUCUGGAGGUCUCAGUGUUCAAACAUUUUGAUGUCCAGAGUUUUGCGGCUAAUUUGCAUCAAGCACUUCGUCAAGAUAAUUUGAACAGUAGCCAGUUCUUAAAAUGGAACCCAGAUCAGGUUGCAGAGCCCAAUGGUGGCUGGGUUUACCGUGUAUGGAAGUUCCUGGACGAACAAGUAGAGAGUGUCCUCAGAGAAGAAAGAAAGAGAGAAACGGAGACGGCGAACCGCACUCAGGCAACUCCUACACCAACCAUUCAAGUGAAGGAGACGCGAAUCACUCGAACAGUGCUUGAACCUCUGAGCAAUUGCAGCAUCCUCCCUUGCACAGAAACGAUCCCUUUGCCAAAACCAAGUCAAGGUAACGCCUCUGGAGUAGUAGCGGAGCACUAUUUAGUACCUUUAAGCCUGGCUGAUUCUGUCCUUGAUUUCACCUCCUGUGAUACUACAAGUAAACGUCUUGUUGAGGCAUUAAGAAAGCUCAGUGUUCCUGAAUUGAACACUGUUGUUUUGUCGUCAACAGUUUCUUCUGCGUACACGUCUUUAAGCUCCUGUAGACUGGCACAUCAGUUAGUUGCAACGAUUAAUUCACCCAAACUUCUUCUGUUAGCACUAUGUCAGAAGAUAGCUCGAAACACGAGCUCACUUCACGGGAAGUUAAGCAGUAUCGAAUGUCGUACCAUUUUGGAGCAUUUCAGCAACAGCGUGAAAGACCUGGACGAAGGUGACAUACUAGCGUUAAGAAAACUUCCCCUUUAUGAAGCAACGCAUGGGGGACAAGUGAGCCUAGAUAACAAAAGCGUCUGUGUGGUUCCUGUUGAAGUACCUCAUGACGGAAUGGAAGUUUUGGAAAGUGUGGGUGAUUUCAUCUUUCUGAAAAGCUGGUCGCGUCUUUCGGCGCUUUAUGAAUUUAUGAAGUUUGAAUCUGUUUCAUCGAUUGAUAUCUAUUGCAAAUUCAUUUUGAAAUAUUUUAGUCUAUUUCCCGGUAAAGCAAGGCUAGUUCAUCUUAAGCACAUCCGUGACGGUAUGUUGACACAAACAUUUGCUAAGGAGUUUGACAAGCAGCGACUAUUGUCUUGCCUGGAAAACGCUGAAAUCAUUCCUUCUAGCAGAGGCAACCUAGUAAAGGCAUCGUCGUUUUAUGACCCCGAACAUGAAGUGUUCAAAUGCAUGCUUUCAGAUGACAUGUUUCCACCAGAGCCUUUUAACGCCAGGGAAUGGUUGCCGUUUUUAAAGACUAUUGGAUUGAUUCACGAAGUUUCUCAAGAUCUCUUCAAGACGUUUGCUCUGAAAAUCGCACACGAAGGCAAUACACAACCCACUAAGGAAACUGAGGAUAAAUCAAAAGUUCUCGUUGUACACCUGUUAAGAAGAAAUAAAGUUGUAGACGAAGGCCUGCUUCAAGCUAUUCGUGAUAUUCGGUUUGUCCCUUCAGCGCCUGUCAAGCAAAACCUCCAAGCAAUACAUCGACCGUAUUGUAAACGAGAUGACGGUAAGGCAACGUAUAUUUCCUUUAGAGGUUCUGUACUAGCAAAGCAUGCAGAAAUAGUUUGGACAACAGCUGGUCUUCUUCCUCAGUGGGCAAAUCCGAAGGAAUAUCAGUAUCUGAUGCAUGCACCUGACUGGAGGAAUUCAGAACAUUACUGCAACGCGAUAACGGCACAGCUAGGCAUUUUAGCGGAGCCAACAGUUGAGCUUGUUACAUCCCAUUGCCAAAAUGUGUCGUUCCAACUAGAAAAAGAAAACGACUUAGAUUUAACUGACGAGCAGAUUAUGAGAAGAAUGAAAAUCAUGUUAAAGAUCUACAGAUUUUUGGAAGUUAAGGCUACCUCAGAUUCUUUCGCGAGAGACCAACUGAAGCACACGCCGUGCAUUGUAGUUGAAGAAGGCAGACGUCUCGUUAGAGUUGAACAAGUGGUCAUUGAAUUGAACAGGGAAUUUGAGAUUCAGCCAUUCCUCUAUGGGUUACCUGCGGAGCUAGUUCAGCGUAAGGGCUUGUUUCAGUAUUUGGGCUGUGCCUCUGUAGCAAAGGUCUCUCAUUUCGCUAUGGUCUUAGAUAUGCUUCAAGAGAAAUGCAGGGCCAAACCUCUAGAUCCAAAUGAGAAAAUCUGCGCUUUAACAGCUGAAAGAGGCAUUUUUGAAACAUUACAAGAUCCCGUGGAUGGUGAUCACAGUUUCUCCUCACUUAACCUGCCAGCUACACGUCCAUUAAUUAAAAAAGAUGAGGGACCUUCUCUGCCUGUCCUGUUGCCGAAAUCAAAUGAGAUUCUAUUUGAUGAUGCCCCUUUUUACCAUGAACGCAUUAAAAAGUUUGAACAGCUCUUCCUGGUUGACCUUUCAUGGGCCAAUGUCCGUUGUAAAAAGGGCUUCAAUUACAAGGAUCUUAUCAUGCUGCUUCCCCCAGCAGUGCGUCCUGGAAUGUUGUCCUCUGCUGUCAUUGAGAAAUUCACUGAUUCCUCUGAAAGGGGCGAGAGCUUUGAUCUUGGUGCAGCGGGUUUGCUAAAAAGGUCAGUUCACUCACCACAAUUCUGUCGUGGUAUCAUCAGACUUAUUCGUCACACAAGCCGCGAGAACCAGGAAAAGGUAGAUGAGAGUGUCGUUGCUACCAUAAAAAACAGAUUGCAAACUAUCGAGAUUCAUGGAAUGAGUAAAAUUGUUACUCAGCUACUCUACAAAGGAACCACUAUUCCAGGAAGCGAGAUGGAAAGGCAAUACUUUUUGGAAAAGGUUAGCAAGUCCAGUGAAGAAAUUUGGAAUGUAUAUGUCAAUGCUGUAGACGACGCACAAAAAACGUCAUCUGCAAUAGCUCUGACUUUGGCCAAGGUGAUAUCAGAAGCAUGUAAGGGACUCCUGAGAGACGCGGCUCUGUACAUUCCCACGAUGUUGCAAAGCCAACCAGAAGAGAUUUCCUCUUUUCUGGAUAUGAUGAAGAUACAUCAAGAUGAUUCCUAUGAUGGAGAGAAAGGACAGAUCUUACCACAGCCAGGUAGUUACAUUCCAAUUGCCGAACAACACCUUCUCAAUGCAUCCUUUUCGUAUUUCAAACCUGGUGAAUAUGUUGGAUACGAAGUUGACGAUCCAAGUCUACAACUUAAAGAUGGAGAUGCAACUUACAUUUAUGCUGUUAUAAUCGAGGAAGUUUCAAAUCCCAACACCAGUCUCAUUACAAAGUCGUACAAGAUCAACAUUGGAAACGACAAACCACCGAAGAUUGUUCCAGCAACUGAGCUCUACAAAUUUUACCGUCUUCAGGAGAUAGCAUCGGCUGCACUCGUUCCAUCAUUUAAUCAAGGGACAAACAUGGAUAGAAAACAUGAAAUAUUGAAAGAGAUCACAAAAACACUAGAAGAGGCUUGGAGACUACCAGAAGACAGAAGAAGACAAGUUGUCAAGCGACUAUUUUUCUUUUGGCACCCUGACAAAAACCCAGGAAAUGAGGAAUUCUGUACCGAGGUUUUCCAGCACAUAAAGAACGAAAUUGAACGUUUGGAGAGGGAAGGCUGGGGUAGAAGUGAACGCGAAAGAAGCGAGAGUUACCAUUACGGUGGUUCAUAUGGUGCUUUCUUUGGUUUUUGGGAGACACGUGCAAGAGAGUAUAGUUCUCGCCGCCGAGACUACCAAGAAACAUACCAUCGACAUUAUGGGACAUGGGGACACGGAACGCGAACCUGGGAAGUUCCUCCUAGCUUCUGUGAAACGAAUCCUCAACCAGGACAGGCGAGGCGCUGGUUUAGACAAGCUGAAGCUGACCUCAACGCCGUUGUGAACGACGUUCAUACUGGUAAUGCUUCUUACGAAUGGGCCUGCUUUAAGUGCCAUCAGGUAUGAAUUGAAGUAUUUACUCUUUGGCGUACAGGUGAUUUUAUUAGCAAUAAAAGUCUGUUUCUUUCAUUUUUCCCCUGUCAAUGUUAGCGUGGAAGGCUGAUUGUUAUGUGUUUAUAGGCCGCAGAAAAAGCGCUAAAGGCUGCACAGUACGCGACAGAUGCCUUUAAGACCAAAGUUCAUAACCUCGUCCAGAACUCCUUGAUGCUAGACGACUCUCGACUGGUAACUGUUUCAAGUCAGCUUGAGGAAUGUGUAGGUGAUUCAACGCGCAUGCGCUACCCUGAUCGGCUGGACUAUCCAAAAAUUCCAAACGAUGUUUACACAGAAGAAGACGCCCAUCAGGCAUUGGAGGCAGCGACGGAGAUUCUACAAAUUGUUAGGAGCAGAGUGUCGUAAGGUAAUCGUCAGUUAACCAAGCUAAUGUUUAAAGUAAUCACUGAGCUGCUGAAAACAACAAAUAUCACAUUUUGUGAAAACGUUACAUAUGAACUAGUUUAGUAGCAUAAGCUAUUUCUUUUAAGAAGGGUUUUAGAGCUUUUUAGCUGUUGUUCCUAAACGGAGUAGGGACUUCCAAGACUUAAACAUCUGUUGAAUGACUCUCACAAUCCACCAGGUAUAUCAUGGACACUGAUUUGCGCAUAAGAAAAUAAAUCCUCUUUGUUUGUUUUACAUCAGGAUUGAUUUCGUCCAACAUUGUCCUUACAACGGAGACGAUCAGCAGAAGCAAGCUUUUCAAGAUGCGUUACAGACGUCUUGCAGGAAAAGAGCCAUAACAAGAUGUCAAUCUAUACGCUUUUUACGUAAACAUUUUAGUAACAGCUAAGGUUAAUUAGACAUUAGAUGGGAGAUGUUACGCAUUGGUCCUUGGAGCAAUAUCUUGCGUAUAGUGAUUAGUUGAUAUCAUGACGAUGGGACACUGAAAAUAGCCACUAACCUUUCAUUGCGUAUAACCCAAAUGAAGCUGUUUUCACACUCCUUUUAUCCCGAGAAGGGUUUAUUUGUAGUUUAUUGU